UGUUUUUUUAUAGGCAGUGGUACAAAUGCAACAAAAAUCUUUUGAACAAAAGUAAACAUUUUAAAGAGUUAUUUGUAAUGGCUAUUAUUAUAAACAUUUGACAGGCUUGAGUCCAAGGUUCAACAGAUGGUCCUUGUUCAUCACUUCACAAAUAUUUAUUCUGUAGAAAUUUGUCACAUUUGUCCCUGGAAGGGCUAAAGUUGUGUCCCUGACUUUCGGAGCCAUGUGACCUGUGGAGGCUGAUGGGAGGUUGGGGGUGUUACUUCUCCAAAAAGAGACUCAAAAACAAACCAUCUGCCCUAAUUGGUUGGUGGGAUUGAGCGUCACUGGCAACAAGACGAUGGUAUAAAACCGUUGGCCUCUGCGCCUCAACAGAACUGACAGCUGAUGGGACAUACCUCUGUUGUGUUGCUAUAAUUACAACAGACAUCGCACCCAGCAUUAGACACCAGCGGUAGUUAAAAUGGAAAUCCAGAGGACUGGCUCCCUGAUGGGAUCACCGAACUCCAUGGAUAGUCUGGAAAAACAACUUAGUUGUCCAAUCUGUCUUGAUAUGUUCACCAAGCCAGUAGUGAUCCUUCCCUGUCAACAUAACCUGUGUCGUGGAUGUGCUAGCGAUCUUUACGACUCGCGAAACCCGUACAGAUUUUCAGGCGGGGUGUUCAGGUGUCCAACAUGUCGUUUCGAGGUGGUUCUUGAUCGUCAUGGUGUACAUGGACUUCAAAGGAAUCUUCUAGUUGAGAACAUUAUCGAUCUUUACAAACAGCAGCAAGAAGGUAGUGGAAACACCACAGCACCUGUAAAGGCUAAAGUCUCCACUGAACCAUUAUGUGAGGAGCACCAGGAUGAAAAGAUCAACAUCUACUGUGUGACCCACCAGACUCCCACUUGCUCGAUGUGUAAAGUGUUUGGACAGCACAAGGACUGUGAAGUUUCCCCAAUUGCUAGUGUUUACCAGGCUCAAAAGGCCGAGAUGAGCAAUGCCAUUGAUACCCUGGUUGCAGGAAAUGGGCGGCUGCAGGCCCUGCUAAAACAGAUGGAGGAAGCUUGCAAAGCUGUUCAGGACAAUGCUCAGCAUGCUAAGCAAAGGCUAGGGGAGCGAUUUGAUGGUCUAUAUGUAGCUCUAGAAGAACGAAAGAACACACUCUUGGAGCAUAUCAGCAAAGAGCAGGAAGAGAAAGUGGCAUCCUUAAGAAAGCUAGCUAGACAUUAUGGAGACCGUCUUCAAGCAGGCACGGAUCUCACUGACACAGCAGUCCAAGCCCUUGAACAAAGCAGCGCUGCAGAGUUCCUGCAGUCCUCUAGGAGUCUUAUUGCACAGACAAAGGAUACAGCCAAGAGUUCUCUGGCUGAAGAAAGACCUGAACCUGGUUUUGAAAGGAUGGACCAUUUUACUCUUUUUACCGACCAUAUUGAAGCAUUGUUGUCCAAGAUGGACUUUGGUGCAGACAAUACUGGAGAAAGUGAAGAGGGAGAGGAAGAAGAAGAAGAGGAGUGAUCUAGAUACUUUGUGGUUGAAGAGUUAGAGUCUAAAAGUAAAAGUAAAGGACAGCAUCAACGAUGUUGCUAAAUAAUGUAUUUUAACAUAUUUAAGAAGGUUUUACCAGGUGUGCUAAAACUACACUAUGAGUAGGAAUAUGAUUAAGUGCCAUUUUAUACUUUUAUAAUGAGAGUUUAUAUUUGUGUCUCUAUGAGAAUCAUAUGUUGAGAGUAUACUCUGUAUUCUGAAAUAAUGGAAAUGAUUAUAUUGUUAAAUUAAUAUACAAUAAAAUAACACUGUAAAGGUUGUUGUAUAAGUGUAUAUGACUGUAUUUCAUUGUUUGAUUUCUUUGGCUAUUAUGCUGCAUUAGAGUGAAAUCUUUAAUAAAACAUAGAUCUGAGAUCUAGAUGCAUUUUCAUUUAUGUGUAAGAAGUGUAUUGAUAAAGAAAGCUUAGUUCUUUUCUCUCUUAAAAUCACUUUUAUUUGAGCUUGGUUUACAUAGGACAGACAUCAUGGCCUAUUUUUAGGAGGCUUUGGAGUAGUAUGUCAGUGUAGGACAGAUGAACCAGCUCCUAUUUCUGCCCUCUGAUUCUCGAGUAACUUAUACACCAAGUUAAAAAGGGAUCAUAAGCAACCAGAUUUUUUUAAUCAUGUUUUAUUAACACUUUGUUAGUUGAGUUGAAAAACUCACCAAGCAGCAAUGAACAUUGAGUUGACCUGAGAGACAACGAAAGGCAAAGCUGCACCAAGCAACUCAAAUUGAGCUUGUGUGAGUCAUAUAGGUUAUACAUGUACAUGUGUAUUAUGUGACGAAUAUAUUUCUGUAUACAGUACAGUGCAACCUCGAUACUCACGAGUAACAACAAAAUGGCGAGGUUUUGACUGUCCUUUUGAUGGUUCCUUUUUCAAGGGGAAUUGUACAUGUACUGUAGUGUAAACUCACUAAUAAACUGUAAACUGAAUUAAACUGAAUUACUUGUAAUGUUUUAUUUACUACUUUGAUUGAAUAAUAGAAUAUUUUUUCAAACAUUUUUGUCAUUCAUUAGUACAAACUCUGUUUAGAAAUGUGUUUAGAAAUGUUACUGUACUUUAUGAUCCGAUUCCAAAUGAUAACUCGCAAACUAUCGAGGUCGCGAGUGUCAAGGUCACGAGUUUCGAGGUUUCACUGUAUAUAAAACACAAGUAGACUUGCACUGCGCAGAGCAUUUUUGAACCUUGCACACCAAUA